AUGGGGCACAAGUGGACGCCGAGAUGGUGGCUGGACAUCAUCAUCAUCAUCAUCAUCAUCAUCAUCAUCAUCAUCACGAUGUGCAUCGUCGUAAUCUUCUUCACCCUGCUCCUCAUCACACCUGAAGAACAAGACGAAAAGAGGCAAAACCUUCAGACGGCCAUCCUCACGACUACGGCGGCGGCGGAUGCGCCCGCGGACGGCUCGACGGCGCUGCGCGUGCUGGUGUCGGCGGUGUACUUGCUGAUCUGCGCGGGCGGGCUGCUGGGAAACCUGCUGGUGCUCGCGCUCGUCAAGCCGCGCGGCCCCGGCGGCGCCGCCGUCAACGUGUUCAUCGUCAACCUGGCCGUGACGGACCUCGGCUUCGCUCUGACGUUGCCGUUCUGGGCGGCGGAAAAGCUCCUGGACUUCAGGUGGCCCUUCGGUCACGCCAUGUGCAAGGUGGUCCUGAGCGCCACCGUGAUGAACAUGUACGCCAGCGUUUUCUUCCUCACCGCCAUGAGUGUCACGCGCUACCGCUCGAUGAGGCUGUGGGCGGGCGCCACCUUGGCCACGACCCCCGCCGCCAUCUUCUCGACGGUGCGGCAUGUGGCCGGGGAAGGUCUUUGCCUGCUGGGUUUCCCCAAAGGCGGCACCUGGCUGGCGCUCUACCACGUGCAGAAGAUCCUGGUGGGCUUUGUGGUGCCGCUGGGCGUGGUGUGCGCGUGCUACCUGCUGCUGCUGCGACUCCUGCGCGCUCGCGGCGCCGAGCGGCGGCGCGCCCGCGUCACCCGCUCCGUCACCAUCGCGGUGAUGUCCUUCUUCCUGUGCUGGAUGCCCAACCAGGCCGUGACUUUGUGGGGCGUCCUGGUCAAGUUGAACCUGCUUCAGUGGGACCGCGCCUACUACGUGGCGCACACGUACGCGCACCCGCUCAGCGUGUGCCUGGCUCACACCAACAGCUGCCUCAACCCGCUGCUCUACUGCCUGCUGCGCCGCGAUUUCCGAAGCCGCCUCAAGCGGUUGUGGAAGAUGGCGCGGCUGGCCGCGGGCCGCUCGCGUGCCCCCGGGUCAUCCCGCCACGCGCACGCCAGCGGGAUUCCAUUCACCGACUUGGAGAACAGCAAAGACCGCCGAGAAACGGCACUCGCCGAAACCCGCGAGCUGGUUGCGCUCGCCAAACUUGAUUGAGCCGAGGCACGCGUCGAGGCGCCUCCGAUUCCGAGUUGGGCUUUUGAGUGCGAUUCAGACUUUUGCCACCAGAUGGCGACAGUAAACGUCACGACAUCCUGCCGCCCGCCAUCUGUUCAUGCGCUCACAUUUUUCUCAGUUUUUUUGUGCCGCUAUUUAUGGCGGAGAUGAUGGACGAUGUCCAAUGAAUUCAAGCUUGAAAUCAUGAAAACUUGAGCGCGGUGCGCGUGCAACCAACUUGGCGAGAGGCAGAAACGUCGUACUUUGACAUUACGUGCUGUCCUGAAGGCGAAGGCGUUCUUCAGUGGCUACAGAGCUUGCCACGAGCUUCCAAAUGUUUUCAAGUGCAUUUGUGGUUGCACUCGCAACAAACACAAAAGUUGGACUGCAGCAAAAUGCCGCACCACGAAGGAUGACUGACAGCUUGGGGCCCAUCGGGCAACCUGACAACUUUGACUAACCUUGCAUGCGCAGACGUCAUCGCGUCGAGGAUGGAUGAAAAUGGUGUCGACCCAACAGGACGCGCCGUCAUUUUCGAACGGCAAACUCUGAGUGCUCCGAGUUUCAAACCCUAAAUGAGUUCAAAACCCUUCCGAAAACCGGAACCCAAGCUUAAAAUUCUGCUUUAAACGGAGGUGAAACCCUUUUUUAAAAAUCUUAACCCUAGUUUAAAACGCUACUUUGAACUGCCAGCUUUUUGAAACCCAUCUUUGAAGUCGGUUGCUCGUGGUUAUGCGCUAGCUGUUGGAAACCUUUACAUUUGUGACGCAGUUUUUGUGCAUUCCCCCCCCCCCCCACAUCAUUAUAACUUCCUCAUUUAACAGACACCUGAAAACAUAAAAUAAAAAUGACUGGCUCUUAUUCAAAGACAAUUAACAAAGGGUUUAACCUC